AUGAAGCCCCAAUCGAAUCGUACGGGUAACAAGAUUGUUCACCGCCGCGCGGGCUCGCGUCACAAUGGGAACUCGACUGGUUUCGGUGGCAGAGUUAGUCCUACCAGAGGUUCUUCAUCAGGUCAGGACAAUGCAAAUGGCCAAGCCAACUUUGGCGAGGAUCAAGGUGACAACAGAUUGAUUUAUUUGCUUGCAAAAUCUCAUGGAAAACCUUGUACUGUCACCACCACUGAUGGGAGCCGUUACCGCGGUUUAUUGUUGGCUACUGAUAUGUGGGCACGAAACUCCAACUCAGCUGUUUCCGUGGUGAUCAAACUGCCCCAAUUAGUUGGCAAAAGCUUGAUCGAUGAGAAGAAUAACCUUGAUAGGUUACCGGAACAGCUUGUUAUACAAUCCAAAGACUUGAUGGAUUUGGAGGUUGAGGUAAAUGUCAAUGAACCCAUCAAGCACUACACCAGAGAGGAGUUUAAGACUGAUGCCGAUAUCUCUAAUAAUCAUGGGAAAAUCAAGCCAUUUGAGGAACGUGAGUUGGUCAAGUGGGAGCCCGAGGAAGAGGAAGGGGUUCAGAGAUUGACUUUGGAGGAUGAAGCCGCCGCUACCACCACCAGCAGCACCACCACGAGAAAUGGAAACUUGCAUUGGGAUCAGUUCAAGGUAAAUGAGGAGAAGUUUGGUGUGGAAAGCACUUACGACGAGCACUUGUAUACUACAAGAAUUGACAAGUCAGCUCCGGAUUACGAGCAACGUCUUGCCAGAGCUAAUCAAAUAGCUGCUGAGAUUGAAGGGCAAGCGACAACGGAUCGUCAUAUUUUGGAGGAAAGAGGCAUUCAAGUGGAUGACAGUGGUUUGGAUGAGGAGGAUAAGUACUCCGGAGUUGAUAGGAGAGGUGAUGAAUUGAUGGCUGCUUUGAAGAUGAAUAGUAAGCUGGCCAAAAACGACCAAGUUGCUUCUUCAACUGGUCAAGAUGCAUCAAAGUAUGUAACCCCAAGGCAACGUGCCGCAAACUAUCACAAUGACCCGGCAAUCGUGUCGAGUUCGGCCGCAAACAAAAGAUCUGAAAAGAAAGCGCCAGAUUCAGUUCCUGCAAAGCCACAAAUUCCAAACGAAGCAUUUAGACUUAAUGCCGAGAGUGAAAUUUUGUCUCUUCGACAAUUUAGUGCAAACUUUAAAAUUCCUCACAAGAUUCCUCAAGAUCUUUUGCCCAUUUUGACAAAGGAUAAACUUAAGCAAGAUGAGAUCUUGAAGAAGCAGCAACAGGAGCAAGAGGAGAAGCAGAAACAAGUGGAGAAACAAGAGCAACUACAAAAUCAACCGCAAAAGCAAGAACAAAAGCAAGAGCAAGGGGAGAACGCAAAGCCACAGAUCCCACUGAAUGCUUCGACACCUGGUACUGCAGCCCCUCCUUCACAAAGACCUCCUGUUCCAUCAGAUGCGCCUUCGACUUCAUCUGCACCACAACUGUCUUCAGCCAAGCCAGGAGCAGAAAAGAGACUGCUGAAAUCGUUCAAGCUCAACCCUAAUGCAGCAUCCUUCACCCCAUCCCUCCCACACACUACAUUGACGUCCCCACCCAAAACUGCUUUCAAUAAGCAAGGUCCAACGUCUUCUCCAUACACAGCUAAUACUAGGACCUACUCGUCCAAUAGUAGCACCCAAGGAACUACCAAAAGGCAUUUCCAGAUUUCAGCACAAGACUUUUUCGGAGAUGUUAGCAAGGUACCAACUCAAGAAAAGCAGGCGCAAAAGUUGAAAGAGUUGAAAAAUGGGUUCAACAUGUUCAAUACUACAAAAGCCAAAGCUGGGGAUGCAAAUACAAUUUAUUACGAAAAGCCAUUUCAGACUCCACCUACAUGGGAUGCAACGAUUGAGGAAACGCAUGAGGCACUUUUCCCAAGACCAAUGUUUAAGUCACCCUCAUAUAUGCCAAAUCCAAUGAUUGCAGCUACUGCACCAAUGCCAUACAACUUUCAAAUGCCCCCUCAGCCACAAUUCCCACAGCAAGUUGCGCCUGCAUGGUUCAUGCCGCCACCUCAGAAUUUUGGAAUGAUGCCAAAUCCGUAUCAAAAUGGACAACCAGGAAGAAGAUUUAAGUAG